CCACGCCACCAAAUAUAUCUUGAAACCAGCCAGACUAUCAGCACUGCUGAAAUAACUGGUCACACUGAUUAUUCGUGGGUUUACUUUUGCUAAACACGUGCGCUUUUAAAAGAAAAUUAUUAGAAUUAAGAAGCCAGGAUGCAGAGCAACUUCCUCCCACUGAACACAAGACGGUUUCAGCAGCGGGCGCAAGUAGAGACCCCGGAUUCUAUCUACUGGGACCGAUUGUCGAAACCGGAAGUCCUUAAGGAGCACAACACCAUCGACUAUGUCGACUUUAGCCCCAGCGAUCCGGACAAUUUUGUGCUGACUUGUUCAGUGCGGGUGCAGAUCUACAAUCUGGUUACCAAGCUGGUGGUUAAGAAUCUCUCGCGAUUCCAGAAAACUGCCUACGGUGCCACCUUCCGACAGGAUGGGCGACUUCUGGCCGCCGGCGACGAGGAGGGCCACGUCAAACUGUUCGAUACAACCAGCCGGAAUAUCCUGCGUCUGUUCAAGGGACACAAAGCGCCAGUGCAUCGCACCUUCUUCACGGCGGACAAACUGCAGCUGGCCAGUUUUGGCGACGACAAGGCGGUUCGUAUGUGGGACGUAGCCAACGAGAAGGUGGUGCAGACCUACGAGGAUGUGCACACCGAUUAUAUUCGUGCCGGAGCCAUGCAUCCGCAUGCAGCGCACAUGUUCGUCUCGGGAGGAUACGAUGGCAAGAUAAAUCUCUACGAUACCCGUGCGGAGACGGUGGUGCAGCGCACUUUAGAUCAUGGAGCUCCGGUGGAGUCCAUGCUGUUCUUGCCCAACGGUUCCAUCUUUGUCAGCGCCGGUGGAAAUCAGGUUCGCGUUUGGGAUCUUAUCAGCGGUUGCCGGCUGCUAACCAUGAUGUCUCAACAUCAUAAAACAGUGACCUGUCUGCGGUUAGGUUCCGAUGGAAGGAGGCUGUUCUCCGGCGGGCUUGAUCGCCAUGUCAAAAUCUACGAUGUGAGCACUUACAAGACUGUGCACACAUUAACAUAUCCCAAUGCCGUAGUCAGCAUGGCUGUAGCUAGCGGGGAUCAGGCUGUUGUGGCUGGAAUGGUAGAUGGUCUGGUCUCCAUUCGUCGCAUGAUGGUGGAUAACAAACCCAGCCAUUUAAAAAAGAUACGUUCGUCUCGAGCGCGCAAGCAUUACACGGAACGAGUACGAUUAAACAAUACCCAGAAAGUGGAUCAUACCAUCAAAGACCGAGUAAAAGGACCUGGAUUGAAAGCCUAUGAUGUACAUCUGCGCCGGUUUGACCAUAAGAAAGCUUUGGACGACGUGAUGUUAGCGCAGAAAAUAGAAAACAAGCCCGAGCUCGUGGUGGCUGUCAUUUCGGACCUGUUGCAUCGACGAGCUCUGGACAAAUCUCUAACUGAUCGCCCCGACACCGUGCUCGUCAAUUUUAUCGACUUUGUGUGCACCCAUUUGGGUGAGACGCGAUUCAUGCGUCCGCUUAUGAUGGCCGCCAGCACAGUCUUGGAUGUCUUUGAGCAGCAACUGGUAGCUUGCAGUCAGCAGCUAAUGGAGGCCCUGGAACGAUUGUCAUCCGCUGUCCAGGAGGAAGUUAAACUGACUGUCGAGCUGAUGCGAUUAAAGGGAGCUAUGGACAUGCUUAUUGGUAUUUCAAUGGACAAUGGCGAGGUGACUCGUAAAUCCACCUAUGUGGAAACUAAGGUACAGAAAAUGCAGCCCUCUUCGGCGGCGGAGAAGUACAUCGUCAUGGUGGAGUGACCCAAAACCUGGCCAUUCAAUGAUCUACGCAAAUAGUUUAAGCAAAAAAUCAAUAAAAUUAGUAUAGGCUACUAGGUGAAAAAGUCAUACCUAAAACAUAAUUUUUGUUGCUACUUUAGAUUGUUUUAUAAUUAUCUUAGAACGCUGUAGGUUAAGUGUAUUUUUUUUACUUUUAAGAUAUAAAGAGAAGCAAUUUUACGUAGACAAAAUUAAAUAUGUAAAGAAAAA